GUUGUAGGGCCAAGAUUUAUGGAGAAUAGAAAACCUUAUGAACUUAAAAAUCUAUUAAUAGUUUACAACUUUAUACAAGUACUUUUCAGUGCAUGGCUGUUCUAUGAGAUCGGAGCCGCGGGCUGGUUUACAGGCAGGUAUAACUUUCAAUGUCAGCCGGUCGACCACUCCAAACAUCCACAGACUAUGAGGAUGGUUAAUGUUUGUUGGUGGUACUACUUCUCCAAAUUCACAGAAUUCUUUGAUACGGUGUUCUUUGUGCUAAGAAAGAAAUUCGACCAUGUGUCAACGUUGCACGUGAUCCACCACGGGGUGAUGCCGAUGUCGGUGUGGUUCGGCGUCAAGUUCACGCCGGGCGGUCACUCCACGUUCUUCGGUCUGCUCAACACGUUCGUGCACAUUAUCAUGUACACGUACUACAUGUUAGCCGCUAUGGGACCACAAAUGAGGAAAUUCCUGUGGUGGAAGAAAUACCUAACUUCACUGCAAAUGGUGCAGUUCGUAGGCAUCAUGGUGCACGCAUUCCAACUGCUGUUCAUCGAAUGCGACUACCCGCGCGCAUUCGUCUGGUGGAUCGGCAUGCACGCAGUCAUGUUCUUCUUCCUCUUCAAAGACUUCUACAACAACUCUUACUCUAAACCCAGGGUGCGAGCCAAAUCUCCGCAGCCCGAGACGACGGAGAUCAAAGAGAUGACGUACAAGAACGGGUCGUUGAAGAACGGGUUCAGCAACGGGCACGCGGCGCACGCGCAUGCGGCCGGCCACGGCGUGGCGCGCGCGCGCACGGUGCUGGCGGCCGGCAACUGACGCCGCGCCGCCGCGCCCUCGCACGCAGUUAGCAUUCCCUACUACUCUGUGAUUCAUAGCCGCCGCGCCGACGGACCGCUCGUGGGGUGCUGGCCCUAGACUCCUAGUGUUACAAGUGAUUCAUCUAGUGUACAUAUAUAGGCGGUGUCGACGGUGUACAUUUUAUUUUAUCCAUGUUGAGAUAUGGCUAGAUAUGUGAUCGCAUAGCGUUUUAUACUUUAUCCAGUUGUGGCGAUGUCGCUUUUAGACUUAGUGUUAGGUGUCUGGAAUGAUGCAGUCACAAUUAAAGACGCGGUUCUUUUUUUACGAGAGGUGCUAUUAUAUUUUGUUAUAUUUGCAAUGUUCAUGUAAAAUAAACGUAUUUUGAAAUAAAUAGGAAAUCCUGAUUAACAAAUGUAAUCCAUGACCCAACAGUAUUUCAAACGUAAAUGUCAAUUAAUUUGUAAAUGAAAUGUUACAGCAUACAUUUGUAUGUUUAGUGAAAGUAUACAAAGCAGUUGUUACUCGCAGCUGCCCGAACUGUUGCUCUAACAGUUACACUGAAGAGAUGGCACCUUUCUUGUAAACCUCACAUGACUGGUAAUCUUCUCUUAUUAAGUACAAUUACAGUGUUUUAACUUUAAUCUAACAUUCUUUGUAGAUUUAGUUUAUUAUGACACUAAAGUGGUUGUGUUGGUUA